AUGACUGCAGUAGCAUCAGUCGAUCAAAGACAAACAAAUCAGCAAAACUACCCAAAGAUUCCUGAAGGAUUUUAUAGAACAGAAGAAAACAGAUUUUUACAAGACAACGAAAUGAAAAGCUUUACAAGYGCUGAAGUUCCCGAUGCAGAUGACAUAAGAUUAAAUUCCAUCAUUCUACACUCUCAAAGUCCAGUAGAGAAGACUUCACCCACUUCUUCGUCAGUGCAACCAGUCUUGCCCAAAAACAGUGCGUUUGACAUUGAGGAAAGGCUAGCUAACUCUGAAAAAAAUUCAAGAAAAUCGCCUCCUUUGGACGUGCGUUUGAGACGACUGAGAGCAAAUGACCGGGAAAGAAGGAGGAUUCAAUCCAUAAAUGGUGCAAUGGAAGCCCUGAGGARGGUUAUACCAGACACCAAAAACGACCGCAAGGUCACUAAGUUACAAUUGCUUAAACUAGCACAAAAUUACAUUCGAUAUCUAUCAGGAAUUCUGACGACAAAUAACAAUAUGGUUCCUGCAACGAUUCACCAGGAGACAGCCUACAGAGACCUUGGCUCUUUUAGUUUUACAAGCCCAACAUGUGACUUGGUACAAGCUGAUAUUUGCUUYGCACAGUAA